CCUCUCAAUUUGCUCAGUCAUCUCAGCAAAAAGCCGUCUUCGAUUUUAGUUGCCCAGCAGAAUUUUUCCAGUCUUCUCGUCGAAUCCACCAAGUCGUCAUCAGCAAGUAGAAAGGUUCUAAAGUCAUGUCGCGAGGGAGCAGUGCAGGUUUCGACAGGCACAUUACCAUAUUUUCGCCAGAAGGUCGGCUCUACCAAGUCGAGUAUGCCUUCAAGGCCAUCAAUCAAGGUGGAGUGACGUCCGUUGCUCUGAAAGGGAAUGAUUGCGCUGUUGUCGCCACCCAAAAGAAAGUUCCGGACAAGUUGUUGGACCCAUCUACAAUGACGCAUCUCUUCAAACUGACCAACUCUAUUGGCUGCGUUAUGACUGGAAUGAGUGCUGAUAGUCGUUCUCAAGUUCAGCGUGCGCGAUAUGAAGCAGCGAACUGGAAGUACAAGUUUGGUUAUGACAUUCCGAUUCACAUGUUGUGCCGUCGGAUUGCAGACAUUUGCCAGAUCUAUACGCAAAAUGCGGAAAUGCGUCCACUUGGCUGCUCCAUGAUGAUGAUAGGAAUUGAUGAUGAGACCAAAGCACCGUGCGUCUAUAAAACUGAUCCUGCCGGAUACUACUGUGGCUACAAGGCUUGCUCUGUAGGGGCCAAACAGACGGAAGCGUUAUCCUUUUUGGAGAAAAAGUUUAAAAAGAAUGAUAGCUACAAUGUGGACAGCGCUAUUCAGCUGGCCAUCCAAAGCUUGUGCACCGUGCUUUCAUCCGAUUUGAAACCCAGUGAGAUGGAAAUAGGAAUUGUAACGCAGGAGAAUCCUGGAUUUCGAGUUUUGUCCGAAUCAGAUGUUGAGCGUCACUUGACUGCAUUAGCAGAGCAGGAAAACUAAAAUAAACCUCUAUAUCAUCAUCAUUUAAUGUGUUUUUAUAUUACUUCUGUUCGAAAUAAUUAGCACCAGAACUGAAUUUGGAAAGAUACUGCGACUUUUAAAUUUAGUUACAAAUUAUUUGUAUUUCCACACUUUGUAUGCAAAUGUCUAAUAGUUAAUGGUGGAGUAAUGAUGAGAUGAAUAAACCUUUAAUAAAUCUUUACCAGA